AUGCGGCAGUUUUUCCGCGUUUUUAAAUGGAACCUUUUUCUAUCAAUCGUUAUUGGCUUUGUGAUAGGAGAGGCUUUCCAGUUCUUGAAACUCUCUUCUUGCAACUUUAGAGAAUGGCAGAGACCUUCAAAUCAAUCGAGAGCAUCGAAGAUCACCCAACAAGAGAAAUGGCCAAAGAAAAAAGUCUUCAUCGGAAUCAUGACUACUCCUGAUUAUCUAAAAACUCGCGGCGCUGCUAUAAAAGAAACUUGGCUAAAAGAGAUAAAUGAGGAAGAAGCUACUCUUCGAUUUUUCUCCAGCCCUAUUGAAGGCUUCGAAGGGUUGACAACAACGCUUUCUGUCGAUGACUACAUCUAUCCACCGCAAGAAAAGUCCUUCAGAAUGCUCUCUCAUUUCGGUUCUUUGGCUGACGAAUACGACUGGUUCAUGAGAAUCGACGACGAUUCUGUUAUUCAGUGGGAAAAUCUUUCUCGUUUCCUGUCAAAAAUUGACUCUUCAAAACAUCAUCUCAUCGGAAGCCCAGGUUUUGGCCGCGACGCCGAUGAUUUCAUCCCACCUGGCAAGUUUUACUGCAUGGGAGGCCCGGGAAUGAUCUUUUCCAGCGCUUUGGUCAGGGACAUGAAACCACAUGUUCCCGCUUGUACGAAACAGCUGUACACGAAUCAUGAAGAUAUUGAGCUCUGCAGAUGCAUUUGGGAGAAACUCGAUGUCUACUGCACCAAGAGUUAUGAAAUGAACGCGCUCAUGCACAAUAACUGGAAGAAAAACGUCGAACCAGGCGAUGUCGGGUACAGCGAUAAUUUCAAAGUCCCAGAUGAUCUGGGAGAAGAUAUCAUCGAACCAGCAAUAACUCUCCAUGCAGCAAAAACGCCAGAAAACCAGCGAGAAAUCAGAAAAGAACUGCUCAAGAAUCGAGCCAAAAAUCUGUCAUUGUACAUUUCCAGAUUCAAGGAAAGUUCAAUGAAAGGCGAAUUGGAAGUCAGCAUGCUGAAUAAAAUUCUUUACCGAAAAAUAGAAGAUUGGGGCGAGCACUGGGAAAAGCGAUAUUCAGAAGUCGCGCCGGCUUUUGUCAUGCGGCCGCCGAGAAAUCUGCAAAAUGCUCUUACCCAAAAAGGCUGGGGAAAUGAAAUCACAGAUAAGAAUGUCUACUACGGGCAUAACAAUGAGUAUUUCGUCGUCCAAUUUUCUGAUGAAUUCAGCGACUCGAUUGACGUCUUCAUUCAAGAAAUGAACUGCAAGACCUGGAUGACAGAACCAAGUAAAAUCACGAAAGAUUCUCUGAUCAAAAAAAGAUCUCUGACAAUUAUCGUUCCAAUAAGUGGCCGUGGAGACACAUUUCAUCGAUUCAUAGACCAGUAUCAAGAGCUUUCUGCAGAAGAUGGCAAUCUUAAGCUCGUGGUCGCCGUGGUCAACGCCGAACUUGAUGAUAUCUCCGAAUAUCUCGCCUCCAAACUUCCCAUUGAGUACGGAAACCAGCAAAUAUCAACGGUGCCCUGUCAAGAUCUGCCUUUCAAUCGAGCUGAUUGCAUCAACCAGGGAAUAUCGAUGCUGGAAGAAGAGGAGGUCUUCUUCGUUUCCGACGUGGAUCUCAUUUUAAAAGCAGACAUUCUCGAUCGAGUCAGAUUAUUGACCGUUGAAAACUCCGUUUUCUUCCCCGUUUUCUUCAGUCAGUUUGAAAUCAACGCUGGUCAAAAUAUAACCGACGAAAACGGCUACUGGCGACUGUAUUCUUACGGAAUGGUUGCUAUGAGCAAGAAAACAUACCAACUCACAAAUGGACUCAACACCUUCCUGAAAGGAUGGGGAGGAGAAGAUAUUGAAUUCGCAGACGAGUGCAUUUCCAAAAAAUUGAACAUAAUCCGCGCUCACGAUCCAAGUUUAUUCCACAAAUGGCAUCCGAAAAACUGCUCGGCGACUUCUAGCGAUCAGCACCAAAGCUGCUUAGCGACAAAGAUGAGCAACAAAAUGUCGCAGCUCAAUAUUUCCGAGGAAAUCAUUCCCAAAAUUUUAUCUUAG